CCCGUUACAUUCAUUCUUUCCUCAGAUACCGUAAAGGAGUGGAUAUCGCGACUGGUCCUGUUGCACCAAGACUUGAAGCUUAAUCAGUACGUUACAGGCAUUGAAGAGCCAACAUCUGGAAUUAGUGAGAAUUUUUAUACAGAAUUAGAGGAAAAUGAUGAAUCAAAUUCAGAAGAUUGAAAUUAUUGACGGCUCACCGACUGAUAAGCCGAUACUUAUGAGCGGAGGAAAUUAUAUAAAGGAAGGCAGCGACCCUGCCAAGAGUACCUGUCUCAUUUUCUCAUCUAAAAUGGCAGAUGAAGUUGGUACUUUAAGCAAUUAUCUUCAACUUUUUGCUAAACAUAAAGUUAAUCUCUUGCACAUUGAGUCAAGAAGUAGUUUGCGACAACCCAAUGGAUAUGAAUUUGUGGUGGAAUGUGCUCCUGGUGGCAAUUUAUCAGCAGUUGUCGAAGCUCUUGAGAAACAAUGUGAAUAUUUUUCAAUAAUCUCAAGAAAUUACAAGGAUAACCUGGGUACGGUACCUUGGUUUCCACGUCGAAUCAGAGACCUCGACAAGUUCGCCAAUCAGAUACUUUCCUACGGAAAUGAGCUAGACAGCGACCAUCCAGGCUUUACCGAUUCGGUUUAUUGCGAGAGGCGAAAGUAUUUCGCAGACUUGGCCUACAAUUAUAAGCACGGCCAGCCCAUACCGACCGUUGUUUAUACAAAAAAGGAGAUCGAAACCUGGGGAGUAAUAUUCCGAAAAUUGACGUCACUUUAUCCGAAGUAUGCGUGCAAGGAGCACAAUCACGUAUUUCAAUUGCUUAUUGAAAAUUGUGGAUACAGCGAGAAUCAUAUUCCGCAGCUUGAAGACAUUUCGAAUUUCUUGAAAGAUUGCACAGGAUUCACCCUACGUCCUGUGGCUGGGCUUUUGUCAUCACGGGACUUCCUCGCCGGACUUGCCUUCCGCGUCUUUCACAGCACGCAAUACAUAAGGCACUACAGCCAACCUCUCUAUACUCCCGAGCCCGACGUCUGCCACGAGGUCCUCGGCCAUGUGCCGCUGUUCGCCGACCCGGACUUUGCCCAAUUCGCCCAGGUCAUCGGCUUGGCCUCCCUUGGCGCGCCCGACGAGUAUAUCCAGAAGCUCGCCACGUGUUUCUGGUUCACGGUGGAGUUUGGCCUUUGCCGACAAAAUGGCGAGCUUAAAGCUUACGGAGCCGGACUACUUUCAUCUUUUGGCGAACUCCAGUACAGCCUAAGUGGUAAACCUGAAUUGAAACCUUUCGAUCCGGAGACGACGGCACUUCAGAAAUAUCCGAUUACCGAGUAUCAGCCGAUUUACUUCGUAGCUGAGAAUUUUGAUGAUGUCAAGGAGAAAAUGAUAAAAUAUGCUCAUACGAUUCCAAGAAAUUUUGGUGUUACAUAUGAUUUUUAUACGCAAUCGAUUCGCAUAAUUAAUAGUAAACAUCAAGUAGAAAAACUCAUUGAUAAUGUUAGUCGUGAAUUACAAAUCUUAGCGAACGCUCUUCGCAAAUUAAAAAAUUAAUUAAGCAUUACAACACUUUAU